GAAGAAGCGCAUGUUGAUCUCUAUUAUUUAUUACAUUUUUAGCACCAUUUCUUAAUGGCGGAUCUUGUGGGGGCACUCCUUGAAAUUGUAAAAUGCAUUGCCACUCCAACCUGCAACUAUGUAGAUAAUUACAAGAAUUUUGAUGAUGAUGUGAAUGAGUUGAGAGGCAAACUGGGAGAUCUAAAUAGACGAAAACAAGAUAUAGAAUCAAGAAUUCAAGCAGAGGCUCGUGCGGGCCAAAUGGUGAAAGAAGAAGUGCUAGGCUGGAUUAAACAUGUACAAACCAUCAAUGAAGACGUGCAAACUAUUUUAGAGAAGGCGCAGAGUGUUAAAUGGUGCAGAAAAGCUUGUCUUGGAAAACAUGUGCGUAGAAAAAUUGAUGUGGUAAAAGCAAUCCAUGAACAAGGUAGUAUUUUUGAAGCUCUUGUAAUUGCAAAAGCUCCAGCCCAAGGAAUCAUAAUUCCAACAGAGAAUUUAGAGGGUGAAAAAUCUGUUAAAGAAAAACUUUGGGAGUAUUUGAUGGGUGAUGAGGUUGGAAUGAUUGGAGUUUGUGGAAUUGGUGGAGUCGGUAAGACUACAAUCAUGAAGCAUGUUAACAAUGAUUUGUUGAAAGGGAACAUGUUUCAGAAAGUGAUUUGGGUUACUGUAUCAUACCCUCUCAAUGUGUUUGCAUUACAAAAGAAUAUUGCUCUUGCUAUGGGUGAAACACUUAGAAACGAUGAGGAAGAGAUGAGGCGGGCAGCAAAACUAAUGGAUAUAAUGAGAAAAGGAAGUUUUGUACUGAUAUUAGAUGAUGUAUGGGAAAAAUUUUCUCUAAAGGAUGUUGGAAUCCUGGAACCAACAGAGCAGAAUGGAUGCAAAGUAGUUAUCACAAGUAGAUCAAUUGAAGUGUGCAAUUAUUUGGGUUGUAAGAUUGUUAAAGUGCAACCUCUUUCACCACAAGAGUCUCUAAACCUUUUCCUCAAUAAGGUUGGAGGUGAUGUUUUAGAAGUUCCAGGGUUGGAAGAAAUCUUGAAAUCUAUUGUGGAGGAGUGUGACGGUUUACCACUGGCGAUUGUUGUGAUAGCGGGGAGUAUGAGGGGAGAAUAUAAUAUUAUAGAGUGGAGAAAUUCCCUAAAUGAAUUACGCCAAUGUGUAAAAAGUGUGAAAGGUGUGGAGGAUGAGAUAUUUGUAAGGUUAAGAUUCAGUUAUGACCGUCUAAGAAGUUUGGAAAUCCAAAAAUGUUUUCUCUAUUGUUCCUUGUUCCAAGAAGAUUAUGAGUUUUCUAGAAAGGAGUUGAUAGAAGGUUGGAUCGAUGAAAGACUAAUUGAUGAGUUGGGAAAUAAACAAGCAGCUUAUGAUAGGGGCCAUGCUUUUUUAAAUAGGCUUGAAAAGACUUGCUUGUUAGAGGCAUGUGUUGGAAGUGAUGGAGUUAAGAUGCACGAUGUAGUGAGAGACAUGGCUAUCAAAAGCAUUGGUCCUGGAGUUGGAUAUAUGGUCAAAGCUGGUUUGAAAUUGACAAAGGUGCCAAAUGAGCAUGAGUGGGCAAUUGAUCUUAACAAGGUGUCUCUAAUGGCCAAUUACAUUUCAAAAAUUCCUGUUGGUUUAACUCCAAAGUGUCCGUUGCUGUCAACUUUGAUAUUGUCAUGCAAUCCUAAGUUGUCAGAGAUUCCAAGUUCCUUUUUUGAAGAUAUGGUCGGACUUAAGGUUCUUGAUCUUUCUGGUACUGAUAUUGAAGCUUUACCUGAUUCUAUCUCUAACUUGGUGAAUCUCUCUGCACUGCGGUUGAGGAGGUGCAAGUGUUUAAAGCACUUGCCUUCCUUAGCAAAGCUCAGGGCAUUGAAGAAGUUGGAUCUGCAUGAAGCAGGGAUUGAGGUGGUCCCUCAAGGCAUGGAGAUGUUGGCAAGUCUUGAAUAUCUUGAUUUAUUUUGUCAAAAUCUGAAAGAGAUUCCAAUGGGAAUAUUACCUCAACUUUCCAGUCUCCAGUACCUGGUUGUAUAUCCAAGCAGCGGAAUUACCAAAAGGAUAAAUUUAGAAGAGGUUGCUAGAUUGAGCAAGUUGGAGAGUUUGGAAUGUGGAAUGGAGGGCAUACAAGACUUCAACUAUCUUGUCAAUAAAUCUAAAGAUUUUGAAAGUCUUACGGCUUAUGAUCUUCGAUUGACAACAGGUAAACGAGACAUCAGAAAUUUUGAAUAUGCUGAUGAAUAUCUUAAGGUUUUAAUUGUUGAGUGUGAGAUUGGAGAAGAAUGUAUAGUGCUUCCAGAUAAGCUUGAGGUUUUGAGGAUCUGUAACAUUAAAAACAUCAAAAACAUGAGAUGCAGCUUAAACAAAACAGUUUUGUUAGAAAAUGCAACUGAGUUGAGAAGGUGUUUUAUUGAGCAUUUUGAAGGCAUGGAGUGCAUGGUUGAGUUGGACUCAUCCUCCUCCUCAUUGUGUUGUCCAGUACUGGAUAAGCUUGAACAGUUGACUCUUGGGAGCUUGCCUAACUUGAGUGUACUUGUGAGAGUUGAAGGAGUAGCAACACCAUCGCACAUCUUUUCCAAUCUUAAAAUUUUUUCAAUAAGCAAUUGUUCAGAAAUGAGGAAGUUGUUUCCACUUGAGCUACUGCUUCUCCUCCAAAACUUAGAGAAGAUUCAUGUUCAUUGCUGCAAACAAAUGGAGGAGAUAAUAGCCUCAUCAGAUUCAGAUGAUACAUCAUCAGAUAAAUUCACUUUUCCCAAGUUAAUGGAAUUGAAAUUGUUAUGGUUACCCCAAUUGAAGAGCAUCUGCAGUGCCAAAGGAAUUUCAGCACAAUCAGUAGGCAAUUGGCAGGAAGAGAUCCAGUCUCUGGUCUCUGAUAAACUCCAAGUAAAGCUAAGCAAGAAUUUGAUGGCAAUAGCUCGGUUCAGGUGUACAGUGUUCAAGGAUGCAUUGCAAAAUUCUAAAGGUGAAGCCAACAGGAAAAGGAUGGUGGUUUUGGAUUCGGUGGGUGAAGACAACUAUGAAGAUGCCAUCAAUUUAGCAUCAUCCUAUCCCGCCAAACAGCUACCAUGGAUUGAUCCAAAAGUCGUCAGCAAAGUCAGAAACAGUGAAAAGUCCUCUACAACUAAGAAUGAAAAUCUGCUUUCUGAAACUGAGGGAAUGGUUGUUAGAUUAGUAGUAGGAAGCGCUACUCCUUAUCUGGGAAGCAAAGUAGGAGACCACAAGAAAGCAGGGAAAACUGAAGCUGGUGGGUAUCUUGACGAGCAAAAGAUUGAUGUUCAUAGAUUCAGUGCAGAGAACCAAUUUGAGGCAAUGUCUUGUUUGGAGUAUAAUGCAUCAACUGAGUAUUACUGGGAGCCCUUCAUUGUAGAGUCUAAUUCAAACCAUGCAAAAAAUCAUAUUGUCCUGAGGCAGCUGGAGCUAUGCAAAGAACUUGUAGGUUUCAAGGAUCAGUUCUUCAAGCUGAGGUUUUGGCUCUUGAUUUUGCAUUGGGGAUGGACAGAGAAUAUGGACACAGUAUUGUCAUCAUUGAAUCAAAUUGCGUUCAAGCCAUGCAAGUAGCUAUGUCAAACAAUGAUUGUUAUCUUCCUUUUGGAGCAAUUGUGGAGGAACUUCAAGCCAAGAAAUUCCAUUUUGUUUCUCUCUGUUACCAGCAUCUAAAGCAUGGUGUAACUGGGAAGCACAAAAGUUGGCUCAGCUACAAUCCCCUCUCCACCAUGGGCGGGUGUUUGCAAAUAAGGAAUGUAAAAUCAAGAUAUUUGAUAGAAUCAUAUAAAAAAAAAUGAGUAAUUUUCAUCCUAUUCUUUUCACAGAGAGGGAAUUGAUAUGUUUGGCAGAGGUAACCAUGUAAGAGAAAAGUGCAAACCAAAAAUGCCAUGAACAAGUUGCAAUGUUUUUACCAUUUAGGAAAGGGUUCUUGCAAUAGACACAUCACCCACCA